UCUCUUUCUAUCUCUAAAACCUCUCUCUCUCUCUCUCAUAUUUAAACCGUCUCCUGUAAAUUCUCUCCGAAGCAUUUGUCUUUACACAACUGUUUCCUCUCUCUAAAUCCUCUGCUUUCUCUUUGUUAAAAACACAACACAACAGUUUUGUCUCUCUAAAUCCUUUGCUUUAUCUUUGUUAACAAGCGUCAUCUGGAGCAAACCCUACACCAUCAACUUCCUUGCCUUACUUGGGUCGCCCUUCAUUUACAAAAUGGUUCCUCACAAGUGAAGAAAACUCUCUCUCUCUCUCAUGGCGCUUACACAUCCCCAAAGGAUCACAUUCGCAUUCCAUUCUUGAGAAUGGGUCUUUCCAUCCAAAAUCAAUUCUACUUCCUCUGCGUGGUCCCAUUUUCAGUUGAAUAAAGCCUAUUUCUUCUCCUUUCUCCCAUCAAUCCCCCAUUAUAUCCUGAGAAGGCCUUUUUAAGCACACUUGGAAAAAUACAGAUUUUCAUAUAGGGAUAAUAGAGAUUCCGAAGGAGUUGGGGUUGUCUGGUUCGGAGCUUUGGAUUCAAAUUUUGGGUUAGCUUAAAUAAUAUGGGGGACCAUUUCGUGUUAUUGGUGGAUCGGUUAAUCACCGAUUCUACCCUGGAGGCCAUGAUCGAGAGCAGGAAUCUCGGGCAGGUACGAUGCCUGAGCGGUGAUUCUGAGGCCCUCGGGCAGUGUUCGGGCAACCCUAUAAUUGAAGAAAUGGGGAUCAAUAGGAAGGGAUCAUCCCUCAAAGUGGUAGAGUGCAGGAUAUGUCAAGAUGAAGACCAGGCUUGUAACAUGGAGACUCCUUGUGCUUGUUGUGGCAGCUUGAAGUAUGCCCAUCGCAAAUGUGUUCAACGGUGGUGCAAUGAGAAGGGCAACACCAUGUGUGAGAUUUGCCAUCAGCAAUUUCAGCCGGGUUAUACAGCACCUCCUAAGAUGUUUCAUUAUGGGGGUCUUCCUAAUUUUAGGGGAAGCUGGGAGAUCUCUAGACAACCAUUAGACUUGCAAAAUCCUCAGUUUAUUGCUAUGGUUUCAACAGACCGCAACUUCUUGAACACUGGAUUUGAUGAUUAUUCGGCUUCAAAUUCAAGGAGUGUGACUUGCUGUCGCUCGGUUGCUGUAAUUUUCCUAGUUCUUCUGAUUCUUCGACAUACACUUCCAUUCUUGAUCGGUGGGGCUGAGGAGUAUGCGUUCACAUUGUUCACUCUGUUUCUUUUAAGGGUUGCUGGAAUCCUCUUGCCAUUUUAUAUCAUGGCCCGAGCUGUGGCUGCUAUCCAUCGCCGGCAUCGGCAGCAGGAAGCUCCUGAAGUUGAGCUUGAUGCAUCUGAGGAUGAAUUGGAGCAGCCACCACAUAUCAUAAAUGUGCCCUAAGAUCAGGAUGGACAAAAGACCAGUGUUAUUUGAUGGGCUGUUGUAUGUAUCCAUUAAUAUCAUGCGACUUGGAAAGAUAUUACUCCAACCAUAACUGGUUGAUUUAAGAUCAUGACGAAGAAAUCACUGCAACUUCAUGUGGAAGAAGAAAGAAGUGCAACCUUAUGCAGAAGAAAACAACACUGCAACUUUAUGCGGAGAUAAGUGUCUAUCUUGAGGGAAAUUUAUAUAUGCUUAUGGACUGGUGAAGAUGGUCGGCCUCUGUCUUGUCUGUUAUACGUCACUCUAACCUGUUCAUUUUACUCUGUAACUGUAUAUAUAUGGAAGGCUUCCUUUUCUAUCUGAAAUUAAUCCAUUUAAUGCAAUGGGUACUACAUAUCCGUUGGGAAGCUUCUAACUUGUCUAUAUUGAAUAUCUUUUAAAUAUC